GAGUCAGUGCAGCUCGCUGAGCCCUGAGAGCAGUGAAUGAGGCUGGGAAGGCAGAGGGAAUGUGAAUGGCUCUUCUGGCUUGGGAAAGUAUCCACAGACCGGGGUGCUACAGACUGCAAAACAGCCUGGACAGCCCUCCAGAUUCCCGUCCCCUCUCAGUUGAACACUGAGUAAGCAACUCCCAGACUCAGCUACGCAGCCAGACUGGCCCAAUGGCAUGCUGCAGCCAACCCCAGCUAAGCAUCUGGAUGAAAUAAAGACCCUUCUCAGGAGCAGCUUUUUGUGCAAUAUACUCAGAGGCAGCCUGAACUUGGACAAAUCCCAUCUGCCCUUGUGACAUGUGAUGUCUGAGCUCUUCUGGGAAGGAGCGUGGGCUUUAUCUGCCCCAAAACAGCAAUGUGGUGCGUCCCGAAAGGGCAGAUGGGAUAGAUGGAGGCUGCUGGAGGCUGCUGAGCCAGCCAGAGUGCUGGGGCCUGUCCACAUGGCAGGUAAGUGUGGCUGGGAGUGUGUGCUAAUGGCCGGAUUCAGGGGGUUCCCCCACUUCCACAAAUACCAGCUCGGUGGUCCCCACCCUCGCCCAAAGGACAGCCAUGCAGACGGAUGAACUAAACAGACAGCUAUUUUAGCCAAGGUCCUAUUUCUACACUUGCUCCUCUGCAGGGUAUUUGCAGCCAAAAGACCAGUGCUGGCCGAAAAGGUUAUUGCAAAAAUCACCAGAGAUUUUCCUCCUGGGAACAUGCUGUCACCAUAUGGUCUCCGCAUUAAUAAUACCAAACAAGUGCUUCGUAAUGUUCUAAUAACAAAUACCAGAGGAAUUAAUAACAAUCUAGCCAUUAUUUUCUAAUGUUCUCACUUUAUGAACAACUUUUAUACUGUCUGAAUGAGCUCUUCUGGAAGAUCAACAUCUGGUACCCACAUGAGAACCUGAUGAAACCUGUAUGGUCCUGGGUAUCUUACACAUUUAUUGCCAGCAACACCAUCUGUUUCUGCCAGCGUGGCUUACAGUAAUACUACAUUUUUCUUUUGUUCUAGGUGCAUAGCGUAAUGUCCAUGCUGUACUACACUCUGAUUAUAGCUUUUUUGAUCGGCACACAGGCAGCUCCAAAGUCAGAGGACAAUGGUCCGCUGGAGUAUCCUGCAGAACACUCCUUACCCAGUACACAACAGAGUAACGGACAGCACAUUGCCAAGGCAGCCCCACAGACAACCCACGGCCGCUUUGCUUGGAUGCCAGAUGGAACAGAAGAUUUAAAUAUCGCUAUGGACCAAAACUUCUUUAAGAAGAAACGUUUCCGGUCUUCUCGGGUCCUGUUCAGCACGCAGCCACCUCCAGUGUCAAGGAAAGGACAGAGUACGGGGUUUCUCAGCAGUGCAGUCUCUCUCAACAGGACUGCCAGGACCAAGAGGACUGCACAUCCCGUACUGCACCGGGGAGAGUUCUCAGUGUGUGACAGUGUCAGCAUGUGGGUCGGGGACAAAACCACCGCCACCGACAUCAAAGGCAAAGAGGUGACCGUGCUGGGAGAGGUCAACAUUAACAACAACGUUUUUAAGCAGUACUUUUUCGAGACCAAGUGCAGGGACCCUAGGCCGGUGUCCAGCGGGUGCCGAGGGAUCGAUGCGAAGCAUUGGAACUCUUACUGCACCACGACACACACCUUCGUCAAAGCACUGACCAUGGAGGGCAAGCAAGCAGCCUGGAGAUUUAUCCGGAUCGACACAGCCUGUGUGUGUGUGCUCAGCAGGAAAUCGGGGAGACCCUGAGGCGGAGCUGAACCCCACAACAACAUCCUCCUAUCCCCCUACCUCAGCCUGUAAAUUAUUUUAAGUUAAAAGAAAAAAAAAAUAAGGACUGCAUGGUGUAUUUAUAGUUUAUACAAUACAAAGAGAACCUCAUUAUUUAUUAAACUCUUUUGGAAACCUUU